UUAAUAUUGUGGUUGCAACAAGGUUUAUAAAAACUCGUAUGGGAUGGCGCAUAAGUCAGCUUCUCCCGAUUUAGGACGAGGGCAGUGGGAAAAACCGACGGACUUCAUUUUUGCCUGCAUAGGACUAGUCCUGAAGACGGAUCUGUAUGGCGAAAUGAGCAUUGUUGGAAUGCUGCCAUACUUUGUGUAUAUGGUUAUCUAUGUGGUUCCGGUCUUGGUCAUUCACUCUUAUAUGGGCCAGUUUUCGAGCAGUGGCUUCAUCUCCGCCUUACGUCUGGCUCCUUUCUUUAAAGGCAUAGGUUAUUUGAGUCCUUUCCUGACUACCAUCUUUCUCAUUUACUACGGCACGUUCGCUUCUGUUCCACUUUUCUACAUCUGGCACUCCUUUAAACCCAUUCUGCCUUGGAGUUGCGAGGGGUUAUCGUCGUGGUUCAAUGAGUCUCAAGGACUUACUACAUGUCAUUUAACAAUGGAAUCGGGCUACUCGUAUAUAAACUCUUCAACACACACCAAUGAUUCAAAAUAUGUUAACGUACCUUCCAGUCUCUACUUUGAUUACCAAUUUACCACUUACAACUCAAAAGACGACGAUCCGGUAGACUGGAAUUAUGUGGGCCUCUGCGUUCUCAUUUGGGCAACGAUUGCAGUUAUAUUCUAUAAGUUUUCAGAGACCGCAAAGUUUGGAAAGUUCAUACGAUAUAUGGUUAUUGCAACACUGUGUCUUCUGUUGGUGUGCUUUGUGCGAAUUUCGUUUAUCCCAGGAGCCAUGAAAGGGCUGGAAAGAUAUUUGACUCCCAAAGUCCUUUAUGUGGAAUACGAAAUCGGCCGAUCAUUUGGUAUGGUCGUAUUUGGAUUAGGGGCUGGUUGGGGCAGUGUGAUAGCUCUGUCCAGUUUCAAUGGGUUCAGGACCAACAUAAUGUCGUACAGUUGGAUUAUUUCCAUCGGACAGGUCUUAAUUUUCAUCAUGUUUGACAUGCUUCACUGUAUGCUCGAUCACUACUACAAAGGACUUUCUGAAGAUCAUAUUGUUAUUGCCCACUGGAUGUACUAUCUGAGCGGUGCUUCUGCUUUAUCCUCCGUGGGUUGGCCGAACCUUUGGACUGUUCUUUACUAUACAAUGUUAUUAAUGGCUGGUCUUAUUGUUUUGGCAACACAAAUCUUUACUAUCCUGCAAAGCUUAUUCGACGAGUUUGAAACACUUAGAAAGAGAAAAAUGGAAGUAACCUUUGGCCUCAUUGGAGGCUUGGCAGUUUGUUCCUGUGCCCAUAGCGUCAAUCAUGGAAUUAUGUUCGUUAUGGGGUUUAGUCACAGUAUUACUGUGUCACACAGUGUGCUCCACUUUCUGUUUCUUUUGGUGGUUUUGUGGAUCUACGGACGGGAACGUUUCCAGCGGGAUAUUAAGUUCAUGCUGGGGCAGCCGUUUGCCUCCUGGAAGGUUUUCACACUCCGCUUCAUUGCUCCGUUUAUUUUGCUGGGUUGUUUGGUAUCGGGAAUAAAGUUUUUAAGACGAGAACACUAUCAGACGUAUGUAGUGGUCCAUUCGAUUCACUAUAUACUUUUGGUGCUAUGCGCUCUGGCAAUACCUGCCUAUGGAUUUUACUACGUUUACCAGAACAGCGGCUCCUUUUGCGAGCGCUUCAGACGCACCUGUCGACCCACAGAUUGGUAUCCGGCUGAGGAGGAGCACCGCCAGCGUUACGGGGAAGCUGUAGGGCAAACGGAGGUGACCGACCAACUUUUUGAGCUUAUCGAUGACGUGAAUGAAGAAGUGAUAAUUUAAAAACACAUUACAUUUUUAAGCGCACUUCCGACAAUCUGAUAGCCGUUACAGUGUUUAUUAAUUUUACAAUUUUUUUGCAAAGUGUCUCCAUAAACUGACCAUGUUGUUUUUGCGACAACUUAAAACAUACAUUUCUUUAGGCGAAAUCUUUAGAAUAUGCAUGCUUUAGAUCCUAAUCAAGAAUAUUAAUAUUUUAUAUGGUCCAAAACUUUUAUCACCUGUACCAUUUGACCAAACGAUUAUAAAAUGGAAGAUAAUUUUUGUAGAUUUUCUUUUCCAACUUGCGGCCUUACCUCGAACGGUGCAUAUUCUGAAAAUACUUUCCUAUGGAUUUUAUUAGCUUUACUAGAGAAUAUUCUUCUGAACUCGUGAUAUGGUUAAAAUAUACAAAUGUAUGAGUGAAUUAAAAAAUGAAACCUA